GCGGUGGCUGGAGCUGCAGCUGCAGCAGCAUCAGCAAGCAGCGGCAACAGCAGCAACAGCAGCAGCAAAACAGACCCCCGAAUCCUGUGCGGAUGUAAGGUUCUGGGCUUUUGGCGUUUCUCGAGUACAGACUGAGGGUGAAGAAGAGCAAGAAGAAGAAGGCAACGAGGGGUUGGGAGGAAGCAGUGGGAGGUGUGUGUGUGUGUGUGUGUGUGUGUGUGUGUGUGUUUGCAGGGGAGGUGUGCAUGUGUGGUUUGGAGCUUAAAUUUUUUAUCUUCUUAAGAGGAUCAUUUCCUAUAGACAUGCAUCUCUCUUUAUAUAUAUAACACCCCUCCUUUCAUCUACACACACACACACACACACACACACACACACACACACACACACACACACACCCCUCCUCUCCUAGAGGCGCAGAAGCUGGAUUUGCCAAGAGGAUCCUGGUUACAUUUUAUAUUGCAUCCCUCCUCCCCUUCCCCAUCCCUGCCCAAUUUCCCUAACAACCAACCACCCCCAGCCAAAGUAAUAAUUUCCCGGAGAUUAUGUUUUUGAAAGGUAGGUAAGAGUCGGGCGCAGCGCCCACUCUUCUGCCGAACCCCCCCUCCUUUCCUCCCCAAACAGUCCUAGACACUAGGAGCAUUAGUGCGGUGAGAGUGAGUCUGUAUAGUGUAUAUAUUUAUUGUCAUUUUUCCAGAGGUAUUGGGGCGAGAGAGGAGAGGUUUGAUCCAAAGACGGACGUCCCUCAGCUCUCUCCGCAUCCCCAUCCCUACCCCCCCUCCCUGUUUUCCGUUAGAAACCCAGCGAGGAAAUACAUGCACUCGCUGGGAAUCGCCAGAGCCAGGGCAAAGCACUACAAGGUGUAGAUAGGGUGUAGGCGUGUGUGAGUGCGUGAGUGUAAGCCUGAGAGAGGUGGGCGGGAGAGGGGGGACCCAGGCGUCCCCGUCCCUCCCGCCCCAAGAAGACCCCGGCCGGGCCAACCCUUCCUCCCAGCUCAGAGAACCCUUGUUUAUUUAUCGCUGAACUCCUGGGCUGAGUGACCCCGGCUCUUUUGCUCCCUAUCCCUACCCCUCACCCUCACCGGCCCGCCUUCGACCAUGGUAGUUUUCAAUGGCCUCCUGAAGAUCAAGAUCUGCGAGGCCGUGAGCCUGAAACCCACAGCCUGGUCACUGCGCCAUGCGGUGGGACCCCGGCCUCAGACAUUUCUGCUGGACCCUUACAUUGCUCUCAAUGUCGAUGACUCGCGCAUCGGACAGACGGCCACCAAGCAAAAGACUAACAGCCCGGCCUGGCACGACGAGUUUGUCACCGACGUGUGCAACGGGCGCAAGAUUGAACUGGCCGUCUUCCACGAUGCCCCCAUAGGGUACGACGACUUUGUCGCCAAUUGCACCAUCCAGUUUGAGGAGCUGCUGCAGAACGGGAGCCGCCACUUCGAGGACUGGAUUGAUUUGGAACCAGAAGGAAAAGUGUAUGUGAUCAUCGAUCUCUCUGGGUCAUCAGGGGAAGCACCCAAAGACAAUGAGGAGCGAGUGUUCAGAGAGCGUAUGCGGCCAAGGAAACGACAGGGGGCUGUCCGCCGCAGAGUUCAUCAAGUUAAUGGCCACAAGUUCAUGGCCACCUAUCUUCGGCAGCCCACCUAUUGUUCUCACUGCAGAGACUUCAUCUGGGGUGUCAUAGGAAAACAGGGAUACCAGUGUCAAGUUUGCACUUGCGUGGUUCACAAGAGAUGCCAUGAACUUAUAAUAACGAAGUGUGCUGGCUUAAAGAAACAGGAAACACAUGAUGAGGUGGGCUCCCAGCGGUUCAGCGUCAACAUGCCCCACAAAUUCAGUAUCCACAACUAUAAAGUCCCUACUUUCUGUGACCAUUGCGGAUCCUUGCUCUGGGGUCUCUUGCGACAAGGUUUACAGUGUAAAGUCUGCAAGAUGAAUGUACAUCGACGCUGUGAAACAAAUGUUGCACCCAACUGUGGGGUUGAUGCGAGGGGGAUUGCCAAAGUGCUGGCUGACCUGGGAGUCACUCCAGACAAAAUCACCAACAGUGGCCAGAGGAGGAAAAAGCUAAUUGCAGGUGCUGAGUCUCAGCAGCCAGUCCCUGGGAGCUCCCCAUCUGAAGAAGAUCGAUCCAAGUCAGCACCCACCUCCCCUUGUGAUCAAGAAAUCAAAGAACUUGAAAACAACAUUAGAAAGGCCUUGUCAUUUGACAACCGAGGGGAGGAACACCGGGCGGCAUCAUCAACAGAUGGUCAACUGGCCAGCCCUGGAGAGAAUGGCGAGGUCCGACAGAGCCAGACGAAGCGGAUGGGCCUGGAAGAGUUCAACUUCAUCAAGGUGUUAGGCAAAGGAAGCUUUGGGAAGGUCAUGCUAGCUGAACUCAAGGGCAAAGAUGAGGUAUAUGCUGUGAAGGUCUUAAAGAAAGAUGUCAUUCUUCAAGAUGAUGAUGUAGAUUGCACAAUGACAGAAAAGAGGAUUUUAGCUCUAGCACGAAAACACCCCUACCUAACACAACUCUACUGCUGCUUCCAGACUAAGGAUCGCCUCUUUUUCGUCAUGGAAUAUGUAAAUGGAGGAGACCUGAUGUUUCAAAUUCAACGUUCUCGCAAAUUUGAUGAACCUCGGUCCCGAUUCUAUGCUGCAGAGGUCACUUCAGCACUCAUGUUCCUUCACCAACAUGGCGUCAUCUACAGGGAUUUGAAACUGGAUAAUAUUCUUCUCGAUGCAGAAGGUCACUGUAAGCUGGCUGAUUUUGGGAUGUGUAAAGAAGGGAUUUUGAAUGGUGUGACCACAACCACUUUCUGUGGGACUCCUGAUUACAUUGCACCAGAGAUCCUUCAAGAAUUGGAAUAUGGCCCUUCAGUGGAUUGGUGGGCAUUAGGAGUACUGAUGUAUGAGAUGAUGGCUGGGCAGCCACCAUUUGAAGCUGACAACGAAGAUGAUCUCUUUGAAUCCAUCCUCCAUGAUGAUGUGCUCUACCCAGUCUGGCUCAGCAAAGAAGCUGUCAGUAUUCUCAAAGCAUUUAUGACGAAAAAUCCCAAUAAGCGAUUGGGCUGUGUGGCUACGCAGAGCGGUGAGGAAGCUAUCCGACAGCAUCCCUUCUUCAAGGAGAUUGACUGGGUGCUGCUAGAGCAAAAGAAGAUAAAGCCCCCUUUCAAACCUCGAAUUUUUGCUUCAGUGUGAAAGCCCCUCUUUAAG